CAGGCUUGUUGGUUAACCGUUUGAAUGAAUACACGGCCACAUCCCUGGUUUGCAGUGGCCCCUCUCCAGUUAGUUCAAGCAGGAGACUAGUAAAGAGGUUGCAAUCUGGAGUUCAGAGCUGCAUGCCUCUGUGUCUCUGCUAACCCAGAGUCGCUGCCUCGUGAUGUUUCACUUGACUCUCUAUCAAAUACGCUGCAGGGGCACUCUCCAGAAUAGCUUAGUGAGUGUUGAUGCUGCCACAUGCUGAUAGUUCCAGGGAUGUGAUUCCUACUGUUUGCCCCUUAUUCUGAACGGGGAAAUAGACCAGAUGGAUUUAACGGCACUAACAUCUCUUCUACAAAGAACGUCGUGUUCCAAGGGCAGUUCUCCUCUGGAGGAGGGGGUCACAGAGGGUCAUUGAAAGAUUAAAAAUGGAGGUGCCCAUCACCUAGGCCUUGUCCGUAUGCAGCAAGGGCACCUUGUGUUAGUACGUCUCUGACAAGGAUACUGCUCUUACCAAGAUUGUCCUGGCCCAUAUAGCUAUGAUUUUGUGCUCAUUGGCGUUUGCAAGAGGAGGGUUACUAGCCUUAGUGCCCAAACCAGAUUCUGAGCUCUCCACCACCCUUUGCUCCCCUAAAUUCGCCUUGAAGCUGACACAGGAAUUGUUUCCUUGCUGUGUGGAGAUGUGCCUGCCGCCAGUGUUCAGAGGAAGCUGCAUUUUGGCGAGGCUGCGUGUGGCAAACGUAUAGUUCUGGUCACUUCCGGAUUGUUGGGGACAUGUGCUGUUUGCACGGACUAAAGCAGAAAUUAGCUUGUUGGAUCUGUCUAGUUUUUCAUUGCAGCUGCAUGGGCACAAACCUGUUUGACCCUUUGCGCUGUGCGGAGUGUCUUGUGAUUAGCAACAGGGGUGUUACUUGGCCCUACUCACUGGAUUUUCUCUGCAGGGACCACCUGACUCCAACUCGCUUUGUGCUGACACCUCGCCGUCGGUAUCCAAUCCAGCAGGCCCAGUACGCUUCCCUGGGGACCUUGCCCACAGUGUGUCUCGACGGCUAUCAGAGGAAAAGCGUGCUGUCUGCUCGCAACUCCCACAUGGUGCACAGCCCGGUGACCGUGAAGAUCGCACGGCCAGACAGCAACCUGUCCCGCUCUCCGCUCUUGGAGCAGCUGAGCUUGCCAGUGGCCUUGUCGUGCAGUAGCACCCUGGACCCCUGUGCGAAGGAGACCGUGCUGAGUGCACUCAAGGACAGCAGGAAGAGGGCUGUGGAGGAGGAGCAGGAUCAGAGUUUCCCCAGUGGUCAGGAGAGCAAAAGGAGGCGCCAUGACAGCAGUGGCAGUGGGCAGUCUGCAUUUGAGCCCCUGGUCGCCAAUGGAGCCCCAGCAUCUCUGGUUCCCAAGCCAGGCACAUUGAAAAGGGCGCUCGCUUCCCAGUGCCUAGAUGAUUGCUUGAGCAAGAGAUCGCGCACUUCUUCCAUCAGCUCCAUGAACAACAUACAUGCUGGUGGGAUUCCCAGCUCCAUCCGCAAUGCUAUCGCCAGCUCCUACAGCUCCACCCGGGGACUGUCGAAGCUCUGGAAGAGGAGCGGCCCGAGUGCUUCCCCUCUCUCCAGUCCGGCAUCUUCCCGCUCUCAGACACCAGAGAGGCCCAGCAAGAAAGCCAGGGAGGGGGAUCUUCACUGGUCCAGCACAUCUACCCCUGUAAAAUCUGACAAGGAGCUGCAGACAGAAAAGGCUGUGGAGACCCCUGCGCGGAAGAAGCAGAGUUCCUUGUCCUCGCCGUCCCCAUCAGGGAGCAGCGGGAAACGCAAGCGGAAGAUCCAGCUGCUUUCUUCUCGCCGAGGGGACCAGCUUACCCUGGUGCGUGGCCUCUGCGGAGCUCCGCCUGGGGGCCUCGGCCGUGCUGCGGAGGAAAAGAAGGCAGCGCUGCAGUGGUUCAACAAGGUGUUGGAGGAGAAGACAGCAGUAGAUGCCACCCCAAGCCCUGCUGCAGAACCCACCGCUGGAGCCAGGCCUCUGCCGCUCACCAUGCCGUCUUCUGGGCCCACUGCUGUGGCAUCGGCCUCCAUGGUCGCCGGCCCUGGCUCCCUGCUGGAGAGCCUGGCGAAGAUGCAGAGCAGCCAGAGCACGCUCGUGCCUGCAGAUCCGGCUGGGGCUGCAGUGACAUCUCCGCUGCCUCUGCCGACCUCCCCCGGCGUGUUGGGAUCAGGGCCCCUGCCCACUGCUGGAUCGGACUCCAAGCCUGCGCCGGCGCUGAACUUCCCUGCUCCCUCCGCUGCUGCUCAGCCCCUUGGCGGUGCGAGCAGCCUGCCGACUCCUGCGUCCUGUGAGCUGGGCCAGACCCCCAGCAAGCCACCCUCCCCCCCGAAGCCCAGCGUUCUCUUUGGGGCGCUGAGCGCCCCGCCUGCCAGCCAGCCAGGGCCUGCAGCCGCAUCCGCCGCCCCCCUGUUCAAACCGAUCUUCGGUGCCCCGCCGAAGAGCGAAAGCGGGACGAGCUCUGCAAGCGGCAGCUCCACGGCAGGCGCAGUGUCUGCUGGCCCAGCGCCUGCCUCAACUGCUCCGUCCGCUGCUGCCAGCACCACGUUCAAGCCUGUCUUUGGGAACCUAGCCGCGCCCGCGGCCCCUUUGGCAACAGCUGCUCCCUUCACAUUCAAGCAGGCAUCUCAGCCAGCGCCAGCCACUGAUCCGACAGCAUCUUCCGCUACGGACACCCCCUCCGUCUUCGCCGGCCUUCCCAGCACCCUGAGCGCCGCUGGCUCGGGCACAAAGCCCGCCUUCAGCUUUGGCUUCGGCGUGCCGCUUGCUGCCAGCACACCCAGCAGCACGACAGCCACUGCUUCCACCUCCGCCGGCACCGCCCAGCUCUUCCUGUUCGCAGCCCUUCCAAACCCAGGCCCCAGCCCCGCAGCAAGCCUCACGCCCGCUGCUCCUGCCUUCCAGUUCGGUAAGCCCGCCCCCGGCGCCGCUGCCGCCCCCGCCCCCGCCGCUCCAGCAGGCUCCACCUUCGGCACAGCGCACCUGAGCGCCGCACAGGCUGCUCCCAGCACCACCACCGGCUUCAGUCUCUUUGGGAGCACAAAUCUGACCUCUUCUACCCCACCGAGCACCAGUCAGGCAACGCUGGCCUUUGGGGCCUUUGGAGCGAAGGCAAAACCGCCCCCUCCAUACCCCGGGGUAGCUGCCCAGCCUGUGUUUGCCCCUGGCACCCCGGAGAGCCAGCAGCCCACCAGCAAACCGGCCGCUGGCCCAGCGAGCUUUAGUACCCCUGCAUUUGGUUUUGGGGCCUCUGUAGCCCAGUCUGCAGCACAGCCGGCCUUUGGGAACAGCUCCCAGCCAGGUUUCGGGGGGACCAAUAGCCAGGGUUCCUUUGGGCCCACCAGCGCCCAGCCAGCGUUUGGAGGCACGACGGCCGUCUUCUCCUUUGGAACAGCAACCACUUCAACCACCGCAAGCUUUGGCUCCAACCCCCAGCCCACCAAGAGCAGCACCGGCAGCUUGGUGUUCGGGGGGCCCUCCCUCUCUCCGUUCACCUUUGGGGCGCCCUCCCAGCAGAGCCCAGGAGCUAGUGCCUUUGGCAUCCCGACGCCCGCCCUGAGCGGGGCCGCUCCCGCCGCUCCCUUCGGUUUUGGGGCUGGACAGAACAGCUCGGCAAGCACGGCAGCCCCCUUCGGCUCUUCCUUGACACAGGCCUCGGGCGUCCAGAGCGCCCCGUUCGCCUUCACUGUGCCUGGCCCUGCCGACAGCAAGCCUGCCUUUGGAGGAACUCCCACGCCCGCCUUCGGGCAGAGCACGCCGGCCCCAGGAGCAGGGCCUGGCGGGGGCACCGGCACUCCUGGACCGGGCUUCGGAGGAGCAAGGCCUCCAUUUGGACCGUCAGCACCUGCGUUUUCUAUCGGGGCAGGAUCCAAGAGUGGGCCCCGGCAGCGGCUGCAGGCACGAAGGCAGCACCCCCGCAAAAAGUAGCUCUUGGGUCCUCUGCGGACUUGAAUUCUGGCCCAGCCACAGGAGCCAAGGCUACAGCGUGGAAAGGAACCUUUCGGCAGGGCAGGUCCUCCCAAGAGCUGGCCCCUUGGGUUGGAGACCGUCGGGUGCCGGGAUACCCAAGCCCUUCAUACUUGAACAGCACCACAGCGGAGAGGAUGUUCUCUGUACAUAGCAGCAGCUUCCUUUCCUCACGUGUGCUCCAGGGCUCGUGUGUAACAUUCUCCCAUUGCCGCCUCAGUGGCUCACGUGCCCCCUCCCCGCCACGGCCUGUGUGGGGGGCGUGGGAGCUGGCCGGGGCCAGCCUGUGCGCAUCUUCCCUGUCUGCCCCAACAGCAGCUCCUGCUCUGCUUCUGCCCCUGCUGAGUCCCUGGGGAGCCCCUUUCACCUGCCUGGGGGCAUCUGUGCUGGCUCCAGGGGCACAGUGACCUUGGGGGAGCCGUGCCAGCGCUGGCCCAGGCUCUGUGCAUUGGAGAGUAACUCUUGGGCGCCAGGCAGACUCCUGCCGUGCAGCUAGUGACAGGCUGGGAGCUCCCAGGCAGACCAGAGCUGCCUGUUGCUGGGGAACCUCCCAUCUGCCCCCAGGAGGGUGGUGCCUUUGGGGCGUUCUGCCAGGCCGUGAUGAGCAGAGCCCCUGCCCUGUUGCGUUCCUUCCCUUGCGUUUUCUCCUGCGCCUGGCUCCGCUCUGCCUGUUGGGGGUUCGCUCAUUGAAUCGAGUUUGGAGGAAGCUCUGGCCCGUGUGAGUGGCGGCAUGUUGGCAAUGCUGGAUUUGCCUGCCUGCUGCCAGUAGCCCCCUUGUGUGGCUGCUCGUGCUGAGUGAUGGGGUGACUGUGAGAACGGCUGGCGGGGGGGCCACAGGGGCUGGAUGGUGUUUCUAGGUCCCAUUCUGGCAGCUUCUUCACUUUCAUGCCCUGCUCCAAGUCGGGCUUCUCUCCCCUGCCUGCCCAUGAGCUUGUUCCACCCUGCAACCUCGCCUCCUUUUGGCACCAUCCCCCGCAUGCACGCUGCUUCCUGCCCCCUUUCACAGCUGUCUAGCUGCUCCUCCCUUGUCCGCUCCCAGGGGCCCACUGUGGGGCGCCUUUUGGGGUUGUCUCUUGCCAGGGAGUCCCUGCGGUGCUCACUGGGAGGAUGGCUUGUGCCUCUUCGGGAGAGGGGGUGAUGCCCUAACGGCCCAGGCCUGUGCCCCCUCCUCCCCACAUUCCAAGAGUGGUCCCAGCUGCCAGAUCUUUUUACUAUUCAGAAGUGUGAGUGUGUCUGCAGACCCCUAAAUUAACAGAUAUUUAAACAUUUUUUUAAGAGAAUAAAAAUUUAUUUUUAUAUUUAAGCUAAAUUGCCUUUGAAUUCCUUCAAGCUUGGUUCCCUGAGGGGGCCAACACUUCAAAGCUGUCGAGUAGGAUUUAGUUCCUUCUGGGGAGGAGAAAGCGGCCGCAGGCAGCUCUCUGACCCGGUCCUGGGGGCAUUCUCCUCUCCAGACAGCUCGAUGUUACAUGAAACGUAUGGAACUUCAUUGUGCGGUGAAUGUGGAUGUGACUAAACUGUCAGUUUUGCUUGAGACUGAGGCUCAGCUCCCACCCUCGGGGGAGCUGGGUGUUGUGGGGUUUUUCUACCAGGAACAAUGAGUCUCUCGCCUGGGGAGGCAGGACUUGGGCGGAAAGUCUCUGGGCUUAGCCCCUGGGAAGUGGCUUCCUUUACAGUGUACGGUCCCCCCUGCCUUUGCUGGGCUGUAGCGGCCGGGUGCCGAGGGUACCACUGCUGUGGCUAAGCUCCACGAAGGGUCCUGUGCUGCCACUAGCAUUGGCCCUUGUGAACAGUUUGGCUGACGGCACAGGAAUGUACCUGGGGUUUGAAAAGUCAGGCAAAGGGGCUUUGCUCUUCUGCGCUGCCUGCAGACCCUGCCUGAGUUGGGUGCUGUGCUCAGAGGGGCUGGAGUUUCCCAAAUCCACUGUGAACUGGAGCAGUUUGUGGCUCUUGGGGGCGUCAGCCUUUGAGCAAGUCUUUGCUCGCUGGCCUAGCUUUUCCUAGCCAGAAGAGAGCAGGCAGGGGUGGGAUUAGCUGCUGGCAGGCCUGCUCAGAUAGGACUGUAUUCCUGAGGGACCUGGCUGGGUUCACUCAGUUAACUGGAGCAGCUUCAGGUUAUCUCCUCUGCCAGCACAUUGUGCCCAACCUGCCCUGUACCCUGGCAGUGGCAUGGAGCGUGCUGCCAGGCUAACCGGUUGUGUGGUGGGAUGAGCAGAGCCCAGGGCAGGGCUGGCCUGUUUCUAAGACUAGUGCAGUGCACCCUGGAACAACCACGUUCAGAAUCUGCCGCUCUGCCUGAAGGUGGCUUCUGUGAAAAAACCAGCAUGGAAGGAAGAGGGUGGGAGGUUGAGCCAGCCUGGAGCAUUGCCCUGGCCUCGUGCACGGGGAGUUGGGGUUGGUAACUGGCCCUUUCCCUAGGCCUGAGUCAUCCCCUCCCAUUCCCUGCAGAGACUAGAACCUACCAAAGGCCCAGGCUACUGCUCUAAAGGAGCCCACCUGCCUCUUGCACAGAGACCUUCCGCUGCCCUGUCCCCUGCCACAGGCUGGGACCCGGGAGUGGCUGCGGUACAUGAAGGGGGGAGGGGUG